AUGGGCACAGAUCACGACGAACCACACGACCGCGAGAGGAGCUCACGGAAGCACAAGGAGAAAGAAAAGAAGGAGAAGAAAGAGAAGAAGGAAAAACGGGAAAAAAAGGGUCGUAAAAAAGAUAAGCCGGAGUCCUCGCAGCCUGCUUUUGAGGCCGAUGCAGACGGCGCAAAAGUAAACGAUGGCGAUUCUCCAACUAACUUGCCAUCACCACCUCACAUCCGUGACAUCAAGGAUCGUGCAAGGCGUGGCGGAAGCCCGAGCCGCAGCCGGAGUCGCAGCAGGACACGUCGCGGAAGUCCCGCGCGAGGGGACAAGAAGUCCCAGCCCCAGCAGCGCGACAAGACCAGCCCGCCUCGUGGAAGGAGCGUGAGCCCGGAUCCCGAGCGCAAGUACCGAGGCGGGCGUCGUAGCAAGAGCCCGGAGGACAGCCGACGCGGCGGGGACAAAAGCCCGCACCGCGGUGAUGAUAUUGGCAACGGCAAACGCCGCAGCCGCAGUCCGGCCGGCCGCAGUACGCGUCGAGUGGAUCGCAGCCGCAGCAAAAGCCGCAGCCCGCAAGCCAGACGGCGUGUGGGCAGCAGCCCUGAUGCCAAGCUGCUGCGUCCGACUGCCGCCCGCCGCAGUCGCAGCCGGGAACGAGGGAGGGACCGGGACCGCAAGGAGGCGCGGCCUGGACGAGCCAGCCCCGGCGCGGCACCGAAAGGCGCCUAUGCGAGCCGCAGCCGCAGCCCUGGUCGUGGUGCAAAGCGCCAUGUUAGCCAUAGCCGCAGCCGGAGCCCCCAGCGGGGUCAGAAGCGCCGAAGCAGGAGCCGUAGCCAGAGCCGGGGGCCGGGACGACAGGGGGCCGCCAGCAGAAGCCGCAGCCGGGGCCGGGCGCGCAGUCCGGAGAGCAAGCGUGCGCGGAGCAGCAGUCCGGGCAGACGAAAAGAGCGGCCCCGUCGGGAACGAGACCGUGAGCACGACAAGGACCGGGAAAGGGACCGAGAUCGUCGGAAUAAAGAUCGUGGUGAUCGGGAGCGCGACAAGGACCGGGGGGCUGAUAAAGAGGAGGUCGAGGAGGAAGUUGGUCGGCGGAGCAAUGGGGAUCCUUCUGCGCGUCUGGCUGCCGCGGCAGUAGCGUCACAGGGCGAGGGUGAUGGCAGCCCCGCCGAAGGCAGCAACGGCGGCGGUGUGGCGGCUCCAGGGGAAGACGAGGACGAGCUGCUACCUCCGCCGCCGUCCCAACAGUUGCGGCAUGGCCACGGGCCGGAGCUGCCACCUCACGUGGAGGACCAAGUGCAGGGGGCGCUGGAAGACGUGUACUUUCAGUCGGAACAGUACGGCGUUCCGGAAAUCACGUCCGUUCCGGGAGAGCUGGUGGUCAUGUCAGCAGCGGAGGCGGAGACGGAGGCUAAGCCGUCGCAGAAGCGUUCACGCUGGUCGCAGCCCGUCAAUGCCAUUCCAUCCGGGCUGCCACCGCCGCCGCCGGUGCCAGCGGGCGGGCUGCCCCCAGGGGCUUUGGUUGCGGGGCCUACCGCCGUUGCUGCCUCCGACGUCAACGCCCACGCCACGAUGGCUGAGAUCGACAUAAGCCGCAUGACUAACUGGGAGAUCCAACAACAGUUGGACUUCCUGCGGCAGGAUGCGGCCGCGCAAACCGCCGCCGCCACUGCCGCCACGCUGAUUGCGCGCGCUGGCGGAGGCGCCGGCCUGCGAAAUGUCGCCCCUGGCACCGCGCCCGGCGAGCUGCCGCUGUCGUCAAAAGCUAAGGAGCAACAGCGGCGGGAGCGGCAGCGGAAGCUACAGGAAGAGCUUCGGAGGCGGCAGGCGGAGGCAGCAGCGCAACCGGUGACUGUGGACUCGCUUUUUGAUGCUGACCUGGCGGCGGCGCAGCGUCUCUCUAUUGCAAAAGCCGCCGCCGCGGCAGCGGCAGCAGCGCCGACGGAGGCGGCGGCGGCGCUGGCGGCCGCCGUCGCGGCGGCAGAGGCGGAGGCCGCCCUGGGCGGCGGCAAGGCCAACGUUGCUGCAAACGCCGCCGCCAAAGGCGGCAAGAGCGACGGCGGAUCUGGCCCUGCUGCUACGACUGCAGCUAUUGCAGCGGCAGGGGGCCCUGAAAGCGAGGAGAAGAAGAAGGGCUUCAUGCUAAUCCGCAAGAACAACUUGCUGCCUGCCCGACGGGCGGUGUUCAACCCGGCCAGCAAGACGCUGGCGGCGGCGGCGGCCAAGGCGGAGGAGGAGGCGGCGGCCAAGGCGGCGCUGCUGGCGGCGGCAGCAGCCAAAACGGCCGCCGCGGAGGCCGCCUUUAUGGAGUCCAUGGUAGAGGAGUUCAUGGCCUCUACCAGGAAAGCCGACGAGGCCGGUCGUACAGCAGCGCCAUCAGCCGCGGCGACGGCUGACGCCGCCGCCGCUGCAGCGGGGGCCGGUGAGGAGGACAAGGAGUACGAGAUCGGAAUUGACGAGGAGGACGACGGUGCGCCGCCUCCGCCACCGCCGCCACCACCUCCACCUGCGCCUGGGGGGGGUUGCACCGUGCUGUGUGGGUGGGCGCCGCCAGCACCGCACUGGCCGCCACCUCAGCAGCCGUACGCAAGUGCGCCGCCGCCACCACAGCCCCAGUCUGGGCCCUACCCGCCAUCGCAGCCCCCGCCGCCACAAUACAUGCCCUACCCGCCACCGCAGUCGCAGCAUCCGCCGCCACCGUAUGGCAUGCCACCUCCGUACGGCAUGCCGCCACCGGCACCGGGGCCUCCGCACGGAUAUCCCCCGCAGUAUUCGCCGUACGGCCCCCGACCGCCGGCCCCGCUGCCGGGCGUCCCGCCGCCACGUCCGCCGCCCGGCGGGCCGCCACCGCCGGGACAGCACUACGGUCAACCCUUGCCGCCGCCCGGGCAACCGCUGAUGCAUCACCCCGGGCCAUCGGGCCCACCGCCACCGCCUUGGGCAGCGCCCGGGGGCGGCCCACCGCCGCAUCAGCACCAGCAGCAUCAGCAGCAUCAGGGCCCAGGAGGGCUUCACCCCUUCGGUCCCAUGGGGCAGUUCCGACCCAUGGGGCCGUCCGGAGCAGGGCCGCCACCACCGGACGGCCCACAUGGCCCACACCAGCAUUUCCCGCAGCGCCCGCCGCCUCCGCAGGGCCCCGGGUUCCCACUUGGGGGGGGUCCACCACCACCGCCUCCACCCAGGACCAUGCACCCCGGUGGCCAGCCACCCUUGCAGCAACAGCCGCCAUCGCACCAGCCACCACCACAGCAACCGUAUUCUCAGGCACAGCCGCCCCCGCAGCAGCAGCAAUAUCCUCCGGCGGAGCAGCAGCAGCAGCUCCCCCCCCCUCCGGACCAGUUGCAGCAGCAUCUGCCACAGCAGCAGGAGGGCUUACAAAUUGCACCUCAGGGCCAGCAGCAGCAGCAGCAGCUGGUGCAGCAGCAGAGCUCCAAGGCCUUGGAGAGCCCAGCGGCUGGCACACCCGGCGGCGGCCCGCCGCUGCCGCCUUGGGCGAUGGGCAGCGGACCCGGCAUGAUGAGCAAUAUGGGUCCGAUUACCGGUGGUGGUGGUGGUGGCGGUGGCGGUGGCGGCGGAGCCAUGGGAGUCAUGGGAACCAUGUUCAGCGGCGGCGGCGGCGGCAGCGGUAUCAACAUGGCCGCCGCUGCACCUCCGCCCGACCUGAUUGGCCUCGUGCCGCCGCCGCCACCGCCAAGGGUCGCACCGGGCAUCGAUGCGGGGCGGACUUAG